AAAAACGAAAUUGCAGUAUCAGCUCCAGUUCCAGCCCCACUCAACUCAACGCAACGCUACUCAACUCAACUGGGAGAUUGAAAAUUGUGUUAAUAAGCUGCAAACAAAUAACAAUAAAAUCUGUGCUGCUUAACUGUGGGAAAUUAAUUUAAUUAGUUGCAGUUAAAAGACAAAAAUAAUAAACUUGGAGUUAUUUGAGUCGUGCCACACUUUACAUCGUUGCAGUUUCUUGUUUCUUGUGUGAUUUACCAUCAUACGAUACAGCUCCGGGAUGUGGAGCCCACAAAAAGGUCCUACACGACUGUGGGACCUUAGGUUUAGUCUUUUAUUUAUUUUACAAUUAAUGUUUAGUUUAGUUUUAGCUGGUAAUGAAUUAUGGCCAAUGGAAAGGCCAGAUGGUAUGCCAAACAUAGUCUCAUUAGAAGUGAUGUGCGGUAAGGAUCACAUGGAUGUACAUUUAACAUUUUCCCAUCCAUUUGAGGGUAUUGUUAGUUCAAAGGGUCAACACAGUGAUCCACGUUGCGUUUAUGUACCUCCUUCGACGGGUAAAACUUUCUUCUCAUUCAGAAUAUCAUACUCGAGAUGCGGCACGAAACCAGAUUUAAAUGGACAGUUUUAUGAGAAUACGGUGGUCGUGCAGUAUGACAAAGAUCUGUUGGAGGUCUGGGAUGAAGCGAAACGUUUACGUUGUGAAUGGUUUAAUGAUUAUGAGAAAACAGCAUCGAAGCCACCAAUGGUAAUUGCUGAUCUAGAUGUAAUACAAUUGGAUUUUAGAGGUGACAAUGUUGAUUGUUGGAUGGAAAUUCAACAUGGCAAGGGACCAUGGGCUCCACCCGUUAGCGGAAUUGUACCUUUAGGUUCCACACUUACUCUCGUUGUGGCGAUAAAUGAUUACCGUGGUGAAUUCGAUAUGCGUGUCAAAUCCUGUGUAGCUUCCGAUGGUUCCGGACAUGUCAUCAAUCUAUCCGAUGAAUUUGGUUGUGUUUUGCGACCCAAAAUGAUAUCGCGCUUCCUGAAAGCCAGGGCUCCAGACGAGAGAGCCACUGUCAUUACCUAUGCUUUCUUCCACGCCUUCAAAUUUCCCGAUGCUCUGAGUGUGCACAUCAAGUGCAAGGUGGAGAUAUGUAGACACGGCUGUUUAGAUCAUUGCCAGCUGAACGAGAAUGCCAAUGAACGCAAAGAUGUCAUGAUGAAUGACAAUAUGAUUAAUCAAAAUAAUUUGCUAAGUGACAUGAGCAAUGGAGGUUUAGGUGGUGGUGUGGGAGCAGGUUUAGCUGGAUCCGCUGGCUUAGGUGGGAAUCUAGGCGGAGGCAUGGGACACGGUCCCAAUGGAGCACAUCAUAACAGCAUGGCUGGCCAAACAAAUGAUAUGGGCAUGGGUAAUCCUGAGGCAGGUCUUCAUGAUCAUGACAUUUUCUAUGAUGACAUCAUACACAAUCGCAAGCAGUUGUCGCAAAUCAAUAGUGGCAUAGCCAAUAUUUUGGAUCAAUUUAACAAUGUCCAUGAAAAGAAUGCCAAUAUACCACCCCGACCAGUGCACGAAGAUCCUGAAGAGGCCGACUUGGAGGACAUAUUUGGCGAAGAAGAGUUAGCCGACUUGGAUGAGGCCCAGUAUAUGGAAUUGCGCAAGAGUGGUAAAUUCCCUCAUGGUCCCCGACAAUUGGCACAAAAACGUAUGGGUGUACCCAUGGCAGGACCAAGAUCAUUAGAACCUAAAGACAAAGAUGAACAACCCAGUCCCGUUUAUAGACCCCAAGCUGAGGCCCUUAAACAAACACGAGAAGAUCAUAUCGAUCUGGAUCAGCACGAGGAUGAAGACUCAAAAGAAGCCACUAACAAAACUCAAGAAGGUUCACCUCGACGCAGACGACGUUCUAUAGUGAUUUCUGAUCGUAAAGUACGCAGUGCUGAUGUGGGUGUCAGUGGUCUUUAUGAUGUUAUCUCUGAAGCUGAUCUGGCUUUCUCUCCCGAUACCAAACAGGAAGCUGUCACAGUAUUCCAGGGCAAGAUAAGCGAAGAAGUGGUCUAUGGCAUUUGUAUGCCUGUACCUGGUUUCAGUAUACUCUUUAUUGUGGUCAUUUCCGCCACGAUUGUUUCGGCUUUAAUAGCUGGUUCCCUGCUCUAUCGCUAUCAGCUGCAAAAAGAGGCCAUGGAGAAACAAACACCCAUGCCUCUGCAGGGUACUCUGGCCUCAUGGAUGACCCUAAGACUUUUCCGCAUGCGCGAACAACAACAUCAGCAAAGUGCCCAAAAUGCUGCUGCAGUGGCUGCUGUUCAAAAUUCUUUAGCUGCCGCCGCUGCUGCCGCCAGCUUAACCCAUGAAUCCGUACAAUAAUUUAGGCUUUUCCUUGAAUACUUUUCAUUGCAACAAAAAAAUAUUUCGUUUCAUAGAAAAUUCUUAAGAA